UUUUAUUACAAAUAUAAAAUAAUCACAGCAAAAAACGUCUGAGCGUUUUAUGGUGUAAGAAGACGGUAAUUCUAGUUUUUCACAAUGUUUUUAAAGACCUGGCGGUCUAUACGGCCGGGAUACAUUUACUAUUGUAAAUAUAUGUCAUCUCAAAGUAGCAAUACCUCUCAAAAUGCUAUUGCUCUAAGUGAAACCUGUGUACAGAAAUUAAAGCAGUUAUGUGAAGGAAAUCAAUUUUUGAGGCUCUGCGUAGAAAGCGGUGGAUGUUCGGGAUUUCAAUACAAAUUCGAUUUAGAUGAUAAGAUCACGGAGGACGAUAAAAUCUUUGAAAAGGAAGGAGUGAAAGUAGUAGUUGAUGAGACUUCUUUAGAAUAUAUAAAGGGAUCUACCAUUGAUUAUCACACGGAACUUAUACGAUCUGCUUUUAGAGUUGUACAAAAUCCUAAUGCUGAUAUUGGUUGUUCCUGCGGUGCGAGCUUUUCUAUAAAAAUAGAUUAGCUAGCAAUUAAAUUUUACAGUAAUGUUAAUUUGUAGAUAUAGUGUUAGAUAAUAAAUGGCCAUAUUUGUAUUGUGAUGUA